AUGGAGCCUCUUGUUACCGAUCUUCAAAACCUUUUGAAGACGGGGCAUCUGCAAAAUACAAAUCUUAUACUUGGUAAGAUGCUACAGAAUAUAAUAGAUUUAUCAGCAACAACUCCUAUAAACAAUGUCGAUUUAGAACCAUUGCUUGUAUUGAUAAUGACAACAAUUUUAAAGGAUCUUAGUAUUACAAACGCAAAUUUUACUGGGAUUUUGAUGUCAAUAUGCUAUAAAACUCGCGAAAAUCCAGAAUUUUGGAAAGUAACUUUACCUUUACAAGAUGAAAUUGCGAAAAAUACAUUACAAGCUAUAGUAAUUCUCGGAUCAUUCUCAAAAAGAGGUGGAACGUCCUUUAUACAACAACUUCAAAUCCCAAUUCCAAUUUUAAUUCGUUCUAAUGAUACGACCAAGUAUCCAUAUAUAUGUCAAUGUUUUAGACGAAUUCUUAAAAAUACCAAAACUGCGCUUAGAACACUCUAUCAAGACAUCAACGAUUUUAUAAUUUCAUGUUUAUCAUCACAGAAUAUCGAAACUAAGAUAGAAGCAGUCAAAACACUUCCUAUUAUACUAGAAACACAUCAAUACACAUACAAACAGUUGAUAAAUUCAAUAGAUUCGUUUUUUUCUUUACCAUCAAGGAAAUUACGUUAUACAUUAGCAAAAACACUAGCCAAAAUACUUUAUUAUACAGGAAUACAGCCAUAUAUCGGCCCUUCUCGAACUCCUAUCAACGAUCCCAAAAAAAUUUAUAAAAUCUUUUUCAAUACAAUACUCCAAUAUGCACAAAUUGACCGUAACAUACCAGUUCUCUGUCAUUCCAUGAUGAUUUGGGUUCGUUUUAUUCCACCAUUUGAAUUAUCCAAAAAAAUCAGUCUAUUUGUCAAAUUUGCGCUUGCAAUUGUACCAUUUAGUAUCUCUAUAGUACGUUCCUGUGCGUUUUCUAGAACAGUUUUCAAAGCGAUAUCAUCAGUUAUUGGAAACACUUAUGAACCAUUAAUUUGCCACUAUAUGUAUGAAGAAUCGAGGAAAGCAGGGUUUUCUACAAUCCAUACCAUGAUGACACUUGAUACUUUGAUAAAUUUCCGAGCAUCUACAAAAACUAUCACAAAAGCGGCCAAAACAUUCUAUCCAUUACUUGCAACAGCCGAUAGAGAUAUCAUCCGCAUGAUAUUGUCCUUCUUUGUCAUACUUGGUCGGAGAGAAUCUAAAGCAUCUCAAAUUUUGGUCGAUUCCUUUUUGAAUUGGAUCCAAGAAGAAGACGCGAAACCAUCCGAAAUCAAUGGAUUUUUACGUGGUAUAUCGAUCUUGGUCAUGACGAGUUCUAUAAAUGAUGAUUCCAUGCAAAAAAUCUACGAAAUUUGUAGAAAAUGGCUGAAUGAAAAUGUUGAACCGACAGAUGAGAGAUUUUCAUCAGCGUUACUUCUAAUUGCAUCAUCAUUCAAGAGAUCACAAUCUGAUGUACCAAUGCAAUUGAUAUUAGUUGCUUUUCGUGCUCUUUCUCGUUUGUUUAAAUCCGGAGAAAAAAUUGGCGAAAACGAUGAAAAAAUUAUGAGUCCAAUGAAAUUCGGAUCAAUUUUAAUGAAGCAAAUCAUCUUAUCCAACUCAGAGACAUUGCCAAGUCUCUAUCCAACUAUCCAACAGAUCGCAAUCUCCAUUGCCCAUAACUCAGGAGUUCUUUCCGCUCCAACAUUAUUAAGUUUAUGGUUAUCAAUUCCGAAAUGCAAACCAGCAUGGCAUAUCUCGUUACCACAAACGAUGAUGAACGCUACACCAACAAUCCUUGCAAGGUUUUUUAGUGCGGAAGAGAAUAAAUACGAUUGGGGAAUGCGACAAUCAACAGAUGAAGUUGAUAUUUGUGAUUAUUUGUAUCAAACAAAUCUUCCAAAACAUUAUUCAUCGAUUGUCACUGAUAAAAUGGAGACAAUCUAUACUUUGUUAGUUGCUGAUGUUAGAACACCAAUGAGAGAUGAACUUGUUAAUGUUGUUCUUAAAGAUUACUGUGCUUGGUCGAUAUUAUCCGCCAAUCCUUUGAAAAAAACAAUUUUGUCACAAUUGUUUUCAACAUAUCAAGAACCGGACCAAGUUUUAUUCAUGCUCAGAUUAACAUUGGUCGGAUCAAUUGUCACGAGACCACACAUUGUUACUUUUAUAAGGAAUGACGCUCUGAGAGUUUUGUUCAGUUUCAAUCCAAAGGAUACAAGAACAAUCAGAGUUUUGGGUGCCGCAAUUGCUGCUUACGUAAAUGUGAAUCAAGAAAAAUUUGAUGCUUUGAUGGAAUUCAUUGAAAAUCCAAAAAUUAACUCUCAAAUUAUUUCAGCUGUAAUUUCGGAGUUGAAGUUCCCGGAGUCAAGAAGAAAUGAAAGCAUAAGAUGCAUGCUUUGUCUCCAGAGAUUGCUGAUAAAUGAUCCUUCUCCUUUGGUUUUAUUUGCUUUGCUUCAUUUGAUAGAAAACAAACAAAUUCCUGACGAAUUUUUACAACAAACAGUUUCUAUCGUCGAACAAUUCAUGUACUCCGAUGCAAUGCUUGUUCCCGAGAAUAUAAAUUACUUGGCAGAAUGUAUCCAUAAACUUUUGUCAGAAAAUGACGUAAACCGCCAAAAUUUGGCAAAAGUUUUUUGUCGUUUUCCUGUCAACAAGACAUUUUCAAUGGCAAAAGGUUUGUGGUUGAUGUCUAAACAUCAGAGACCUCCUUUGGACAGAAAAGGUUAUGGUUUGGAAAGACCCAGAACUUUUCUAUCGUCCUAUUCAAAAUUUUUGACAUCAUCUCCAAAAGAUUUAGUUUAUUUGAUUGAUUUGAUACAACAAGGCUGUUCUGAAGACACAAUUGAACAUUUAAGGUAUUUGUUUUUAUCAACAAAGAAUGUUAAUUUGUUUUUACAGUUUUUAGACCAAAUAAUUAUAAAUGGUCAAGUUCCUUUCAAUUUUCAAUUCGAAGGAAAAAUUUGUCCCUCAAAUAAUUUGAUAAAAGCAAUGAUGAUGAUUUGUACUUUGAUUUGCCAAGAAAAAAUUGAAGAUGAAGCUGUUUUGGAUCUGAUUGUUUCUUCGUCAAUGGAAGUUCUAAAACUCAAAGACAUCGUAAGCCAUAAUUUCGCCAUCAAAAUGCUCUCAGAAUUUGUUUUUUGUUACAUGAAAAAUCCAAAAUUGAUUUAUAGAUUUUAUGACAAAUUUUUGAUGGUUUUCAACUCAGUUUUCGAAAGUUCCCAAAAAUUCGUGAGGGAAAGCAACUUCUGUUUAACUUUCCAUUUGUUUUUAGUUACUAACAAUGAUAAGUACUUGGAAAACGCAACAGAAUCAAUUGUCCAAAAUUUGAUUUUGAUUCAAAAAUUUGACAAAAUCAAUUUUACAAAAAUCAGUGGAAAACUGAUGCAAAAUCUGAACAAACCUGUCAAAGAAAUUGCCCAAACAUUCAUUGAUUUCUCUAAUUCAUUUAUUACAGAUGUUUGCAAACAGGUCAAAUUCAUUUAUGAAUUAUCAGAAGAUGCAAAAAGUAUCAUCGAAAUUUACUUUAAGUUAAAACGUGAUGAACCUUUAGAGUGGCCAUUCUUUUUGAUUUUACUUAGAGAAAUGGAAGUUUUCGAGGUAAAUCAGGCGUAUUUGGAACUAUUCAACUUUUUGGCUGCAAAAAACAAAAUCUCAAAAGAUAUAAGUGACUUCACUUUGGCGGUUGUUUAUCGUUCAAACUUUUACAAAUCGUCUUUGACUUUUUCAAAUGAUAUCUACAAAACAAACAAAAUUAAAAAGACGAUUGCAAGUUUUUUGGCGGUUUUAUCGUCAAAUUUGACAGAUGAUAAAAAUGAAGACACUUUUUCGAAUAUUUUGUCAAUGUCACUGUCAAAUGGUUUCUCACAAUUAGCAAUUUGUCGUUUACUUAAAAUAAGUAAUCGUGAAAGAAUCCAAAAAAUUGCUUUUACAAUUGUAUCUUUUUAUUUAAAUCAGAUUUGUGAAGAAACGUUUUGUUUGUUUGAUAUUCUGUUUCCUCUUUUGGAUGUCAAUAUUAUAGACAGAAUUAUUUCGCAUGUAAUCAGAUUGAGAUUGGAAAUUGAUGUCAAAUUUAGAAUUCUCAGAAAACUUAUCAUUUUCAAUGGCGGUUAUCAAUUGAAUUCUAUGGAAGAUUUAUCACGAUUAAUUCUUUUCUUUUUCGAUAAGGGCGGAUUAGAGUUUUUAGCAUUUUCGGUCAUUGAAAACAGGACAGUUUAUUUAGGCUUGAAUUUGCUUCGAUUGUCUAUUGCUGAUUUCAUUUUUGGAACAAAACAUCCAAAGGAGAUAAAUCACAAGAUUAUUGACUUUUUACUUGUUGCAACUGACAGAAUUCGAAAGAUUAUUCCAUCAGAAAGCUGGGAAUUUGAAAUUUGCCAGUUUUGCUUGAACAGUUUGUUUGCUGCAAAAGGCGACAAAGAACUGAUUUCACACUUAGUUUUAUUGAUCUCUAUUUCGGAUAAGAAGCUCAUGGCUUCGCUUUUGAAUGGAAAUCCAAAUCUAAAGGAGUUUAUAGAGAUAUUGACUCCUCCAAAAUCAUAA